UUCUUCUUCUUCUUCUGAAACUGAAACUGAAAACUGAAUAUCUGCUAAUCUGGGCAGGUAAUGCAGAAGCUCAGAUCAAUAACUUGAUGAUAUGACUAGUGCAGGUAUUGCUAAAGUGUACAGCAGCAUCAACUAUGGUGGUGCAUCUGCAUCUGCAUUUGCAGCAAGCUUCUCUAAUCAACAAGGUAUGUUGUCAUUGUGUUCCUUCAAAAACCCUAAUUUGGAUAAGAAAAAUGGUCAAUAUGGGUCAACCCAGAAACUAUUCAUCAUAUUCAAGAUCAAAGGAUUGUUUCCUGCAUCAGUUUACCCCUUUUAAGAAAAAUGUCUGUGGUGGUUCAUUAAGUGUUUGUAUUAAUUCCAAUGAGAAAAGAAAGAUUUUUAUUGGUUUAUCGAAAAUUAUUAAACAUGGAAAAGGUUCUGUUCUGAAGGAUCUUUGUUUAGGUAAUAAUCAAUUUUGGCCUUUUAAUCUUGUAGAGAUUAUGAAAUUGUUUGGUGAUUCAAUUUUGUCGCGGGCAUUCUUUAAAUUUGUUUGUGUGAAUGAUUCUGAUUUUGAUAGUGAUAGUUCGAUUAGGUUGUAUUGUGAAUUAGCUCAUGUUUUAGCUUCACAAGAUAUGAGGUAUUUGUCACAAGAUGUGAUUUGCAUUGUGGUAAAGAGAAUUGGAAUAAAUCGUAGCCGUGACUUGAUUGAUUUAAUGUGGAAUAGUCGCGAACGUUAUUUAUAUGAGUCUGAUUUUUCGGUUCUUGAUUCGUUAAUGAGGGGGUUCAUGAAGGCUGGUUUGGUGAAGAAUGCAUUGGUGGUUUUGGAUAAAAUGAGGGAGGAGGGAUUGGUGCCGAGUUUGUCUGCUAUGGGCAUUCUUUUCAGAAUAUUGCUUGCGGUUGGUGAUUUUAGUACUGUUUGGAGAUUGUUUAGAGAUAUGGUUGUGAAAGGGCCAAGGAUUUCGACUAAUGAGUUUAAUGUUAUGUUAGAUGGGUUUUGUGGGAAAGGGUGUUUUCAAGUGGUGGUGAGUUUGUUUUAUUUGAUGAGUAAAUUUGGUUGUGAGCCGGAUGUGUUUACAUAUAACAUUUUGAUCAAGACUUAUUGUAUUGACGGACGAUCUUCUGAAGCUUUGGCAUUGGUGAGGGAAAUGAUUGACAAGGGCUGUGGACCAAAUGUGGUUACGUUUAAUACAAUUAUUGAUUCUUUCUGUAAGCAGGGUAACAUGGUAGAAGCAAGAAGGUUGUUCGAUCAGAUUCAGGAGAGGAAUAUUAAACCAAAUACUGUCACGUAUAAUACGCUCAUUAAUGGGUAUGUGAAGGCCAGGGAGAUUCGUCUAGCUAAUUUACUUUAUCAAGAUAUGAAGGUGAAAGGUCUACCUGCUGAUGGUGUUACUAUAAACACUAUGAUCUAUGGGCAUUGCAAGUUCGGUCGGGAAGAAGAUGGUGAGAAAUUGUUGGGGAAUGUUUCUGUUGCAGGUCUAAUUCCUUCAACAGAUAUUUCAGUUGCUGGGUUAUGUUGGGCAGGUCAUCUAGAUGAUGCAAUGGGGUUGCUACAAGAUAUGCUCGCAAAGGGAAUGCCUCCAAGCGUUGUUGCUUUUAACUCGAUCAUUGCUGGUUAUAGUAAAGCAGGGAGAGAAGAUAAAGCCUUUGAAGUGUAUAGGUCAAUGGUGGAAUUUGGUUUAACCCCAUCAUCCUGUACUUGCAGUUCUCUUCUUCUGGGUUUGUCAAAUAGGGGAAUGCUUCAAGAGGCCGGGGAACUUUUCGAUAAAUUGGUAGAUAAGGGAUUUCCGAUUAACAGAGUUGCUUUUACUGUUCUUCUAGAUGGGUAUUUCAAUAGUGGAGAUCUUGUAAGAGCGCAUAGAUUGUGGGGUGAGAUGAAGAGUAGACGGAUAUGUCCUGAUGUGGUCGCCUUUUCAGCAUUUAUAGAUGGACUUUCUAAAGCAGGUCGUAUGGAGGAGGCUUACGAGGCCUUUGAAGAUAUGUUGAGAAGAGGUAUCACCCCGAACAACUUCACUUACAACUCUUUAAUUGGCGGCUUCUGUAAUUGUGGCAACUUGGACUUAGCGUUGAAGUUGGAGAAAGAAAUGAGACAAAAUGGGCUUGUUCCAGAUAUUUUUACUACUAAUAUGAUUAUUAAUGGGUUUUGCAAACAGGGUAGUAUGAAGGCGGCAAAUAAUGCUUUCAUGGAUAUGCACAGAUUCGGGCUGACCCCAGAUAUAGUCACAUACAAUACUUUGAUUAGUGGAUAUAUUAAGGCCUUCGACCUGGUAAAUGCUGAGGACUUCCUAGUUAAGAUGUGGGAUAAUGGAUGGCAGCCUGAUAUUAUCACGUACAAUACAUGGAUCCAUGUGUUUUGUAGUAGCCGUAAAAUUGUUCAAGCUGUGAGGAUGCUGGAUGAGCUAAUUGCAUCGGGUUUUGUUCCUAAUACAGUUACAUACAAUACCAUGGUGAAUGGUGUUUGCUGUGACAUACUAGAGCGUGCUAUGAUACUUACUGCAAAAUUACUUAAGAUGGCAUUUGUUCCAAAUGUGGUGACGGUAAAUACAUUGCUGUCUCACUUUCGUAGGCAUGGGUUGCCGCAGAUGGCCUUGAUGUGGGGACAUAAGCUAUAUUUAGUGUCUUUCCCAUUUGAUCAUGUUACUUAUACGAUACUGCAGAGCGCUAAGUGGGACUCAUUGCAAGAUGCAGAGAUUGUGAAAGAGUCACCAGGGGAAGCCAUAGUGGUAGACUUUCUCAUGCACAUUACGUUUGAUUACAUAGCAAAAGAUAUGUCUUACCGAGAUAAGAACCAGCGUUACUUAUCAGAAAUAUGUCAUCACAAUCUUUUGGCUCUUGGGAAAUGAAAUUAGUAGUACAGUUAUUUGUCAGCCAGCUAUCCAUGGGUUAAAGGCCUGCAGCUUGGUCAUGACACCCAAUUAUUGGAGAAGAUUGAGUAUUCUUUUGGUCAAGAAGUUGAGGCGUAACAUUGACGCUUGCUUUUCUAGUCUGAACUGCAGCCUCCCACUUAUGCUCCGUUAAUCUUAUUCGUAUGGGAGAAUAUAUAUAACAAAAUCUGGACUGUUGGGACUCAUCCGAAGCUGCAUUGCUGCAUAUUUCUGUUUUCCUGACAGAACGAGGGGAUGCAGAAACUGCAGAACUUUCGCCUGCUAUGUAAAAUAAAAUGCUACAAGGAAUUCGCUUUGCAGUUGAGGUUCUUUUACGACACUUGCUUUGCCCCUCAUGUGUCUGGGAAAUUUUUGAUCCAGAACUGCAUUACUAUUGCAGUACUUGUAAUGCUGUAAUCUGUUCACAAAAGUGUAUGGGGGAUGCUUAUGAGUAAGAGUCUGUUCCAGAAUUCGGACUGGGAUUAUAUAGUUGUUGUGAUAACAGUUACAGGACAAGAGUCGGUGUUCGCUGAAUGUUAGCAAAGUAUUAAUUCUGGAAAAGAUAGGGGAUCUUUGUAUUGAUUUAGCUGCUGGAUAUUGCCCAGCUCUGACUGGUGAUAAAGUUCUGCCUUGUGGCAAGUAUCACCCUUUGGUGGCUUACACGGACGACCUAAAUCACUAAGACCAUUUCAUAAGCUUGGUGUACUUUAGGCAAAUCCGUUCAGGCGUGUAGCACCACUAUCACUUACUCAGUUUGUUUCUCUCUUCUCAGUUCUCCUUCAAAUCAACAGAAUCAAUUUCCAGAGAUUCUGCGCGCGCAAAGAAUAGAAUGCUAAACACAAACAGUGAGUAAACUGUAUAUCUAUCUGAAAUGUGUUGCAGGUGGUGUAUGUUUUCCUUCUGACUAAUCUGCGUCGAAUACUGCUGAAUCUUACUCAUCCGAUCUGUCUCAGCCCUACCCAGUCAGAUUUCUGAGUAAUUUCUGAGUCAGGUAAUGUGUAUCCAACUCAGAUCCAGAAACCGAGUCAGCUGAAAUAGAAAACACCCCUUAGUAAAAUCAUGUUGUUGUUUAUCAUUACCCCCUUUAGAUCCAACUAAAUCAUUUCUUUAUUUAAUGUGAGAAAAACUUAAAGCUGUGUAAACUUCGAGUUAUCUCAGUGGAUUUUGAUUAUAUCUCAACCGUACAAAUUCCUAAAGUUUGACUUAUUAUUAGCGAUCCAACGUUUACAUAUUUACCACGUCAGAUCAUACCAGAUCUUGCAUCAAGAUUUGCCGUCCCACGUUCACACCUUUACCUUUUCUUGUCGGCAAAACGAGAUAU